AUGAUUUCUAAGAUCGCACUUCUAUACUGCCUUGUGGUGUCUGCAACAUGUAUGGUGUUACAUCAAGCUCCUCUACCAUUGUAUCCUCUCCAGUAUCAAGAUCAAGCGCCCGGCUACAAUUUUGCUUCUAACAAUGGUCACCCUGGAAAUUUCAAUGGUCAAGAAAAUCUACAAGAAAUACGCCGAGGUGAAGAAAGAUUAGCACAGUCUUUCCGUCAACCAGAGAACAUUCCUAGGGGUGAGUAUAGAUCGGAUGAUAACGCAGGAUACAACGCAUAUCUUAACAACGAUAGGAGACAAAGCAAUGAAGAUAGAUAUGUGGAACACAACGAUGAAGCAAGACGACCAAACAACCAACGUUCUCAAGUGAACCAACCUUGGCCAAUUCCUAGCAUCCAACAAGCCAGCCCAACUCCUGUCACCAUCACACAAACAUCUGUCUACCACCAGACGUACUCCCAUGGCCAUAAAUCGUGGAUAUAA